AUGUUGAGCGCAGGAUUGGUGGAAGAGAAAAGGAUGUGGGGUGUAAUGGGAUUCCCUAUCAGCCCACUUCCUGGUCAGAUUAAAACAGAAUAUAUGCGGCAUUCCAAGGAAAACCUACAACGCCGAACUUUCAAAGCUUCACCUUUUCAAAGUUUCAUGAACUGGCAUGACUUGGGAAUAUUACCUAUCAGCAGGUUCAUCCUGUCAUAUGUUCCCGGUGGUGAACGAGGGCUUCGGUUCAUGUCAAGUAUAUGUACCGGAUUCAUACGCAAAUCUCCAACGACCGUACUUCCUAUCUGA